AAGCUUGGUAGCAGCAAUGAAGUAAACAGCCAUGUGCAUUCCUCUACUCUAUAUUUAACUACAGCGGUUUGUGCAGGAGAGGUCUGCAAGAGGAGGGAAUUGUGGUUCUUUACAGAAGCUCCUGGCUUGGGGGAGAGAGUGCAGCUAUCUGAGUGGGGUAUCCCUGGCUCAUCUUGGGCAGAGGGCCUUUCUCUUUGUGAGCCAAUCCAAGGCUGUCAUGCCAGCCUCUCAAAGCAGGUCCCGGGCACGGGACCGAAAUAAUGUUCUAAACAGGGCUGAGUUCCUGUCACUGAACCAGCCUUUAAAGGGGGCUCAGGAAAAUAGGAGCUCAAGCAGGAAGACAACAGGCCCAUCUGUGCAGGCCCCGCCACUGAAUGAGGGGUCCAAGGAGCGGAGGCAGUCCCAGCAGCUGCCCGAAGAGGACUGCAUGCAGCUAAACCCAUCCUUCAAGGGAAUCGCGUUCAACUCCUUGCUGGCUAUUGACAUCUGUAUGUCCAAGAGACUGGGCGUUUGUGCCAACCGAGCUGCCUCCUGGGGCAGUGCCCGAUCUAUGGUCAAACUCAUUGGGAUCACAGGGCAUGGGAUCCCUUGGAUUGGGGGCACCAUUAUCUGCCUGGUGAAGAGCAGCACUCUUGCAGGACAAGAGGUCCUAAUGAAUCUGCUGCUGGCUCUGCUCUUGGAUAUCAUGACCGUGGCUGGAGUGCAGAAGCUCAUCAAACGACGAGGCCCUUAUGACAUGAGCCCAGGCCUCCUAGACUACCUCACCAUGGACAUCUAUGCCUUCCCAGCUGGCCAUGCCAGUCGAGCCGCCAUGAUAUCCAAGUUCUUCCUCAACCACCUUGUGCUGGCCGUCCCCUUGAGGAUCCUUUUGGUGCUCUGGGCCUUCUGUGUGGGUUUGUCAAGGGUUAUGAUUGGGCGGCAUCACAUCACUGAUGUUGUCUCUGGCUUCGUUAUUGGCUACUUCCAAUUCAAACUGGUGGAGCUGGUCUGGAUGUCCUCCAACACCUGCCAGAUGUUGAUAUCCAUCUGGUGAACAGCACUGUUGCAGCUUGAUCUGUUCAAGAGAGGGGAGAUGAAGAAUAAAAAAACCACCCUUCAGUGGAAGGAAGUUGGAGCCAUUCCCACUUGAAUAUGUUAUUAGACCCCCAUUUUAUUUCCCUAUCAUGUUUGGUGGCCAGUAUCCAUAGGUUAUCCCAGUCAUAAUAUGGGGGGCCGUGGUUCUUGAAAAACACCAAUUUCCCCAUCCUUCCCCCAAACACCUAGAGUUACUUUGGCUUUCCCUCAUUAUCUCAAACCCAGUGGAGUUUCAGCAUUUCAGAAUAAAUAUUGCUAAGCUCCUGCUUAUAGAGAUGUCAGAGUAAAAGUCAAGCUGGGAAAAGUGGGUGGUUUUUGGUAUUCACCUUUUGUUGUUACUGUUGUCAAGUUUUUUUUGGCAGGUGCUUGUAAAUCCCAGGCCCCAUUCCUCCAAGAAAUGCCCCAUCAUCCCCUUUUGAUGUGUGGGCCUGUCAGCACUCACCGUAGGAUACUCAAGUCAGCAUCGGAGCUCAGGCAUUGGGUGAGCCAGCUAGAGAAGCUCUUUUCUGCAGGUCUUGUCUCCAGCUGGCUUUUCCCAGGGCGCUCCUACAUCCUGGCAUUUGGGAAGGCCAGUGCUAGCCCAUCCUGCUGCACUCAGAAAGUUAGACUAGACAAAGCACUGGCGAGCAUCCAGUAGCAUCCAGCGCUGCUUUGGCCCCCAGGGGCCGGACUCUGUGUGACCUAAUAGGUCCUUUCCAAGUCAAACUUGUAUAGUUCUCUAUUUCAUGUGAUAAUAUAUACAAUAUGCCAAUGAGCCAUUUGGGGUGGUUUUUGUCCCCCAGUGAAAGAAUCACUUUUCAUGACUCAGCACUUUUGUUGCCGGCUUGUUAAAACACAGCGACUCCAUGGAGAAACAGAAAUUGCUUUCAGAAUAGGGGCUGGAAAACUCGGGGGAUUCAGGAAGGUCACUAAAGUCUUCUGCCUUCUUCAGGCAGACCAAUUUUCAAACCCGCCUUGGUCAGGCAUGUGUUUACCAGAAGAUGACUUGCAAAAUGUAGUAGAACUCACGGUAUUUUCAGUUCUCUGUUUCACAAACUCCCACACAGUUAGCGUCCUAUGCUGGAACUCACUCCAGCCCAGUGGUGUGUAGUGACCUCAUUAGGCUGGUUCCAUCAAAAGACUUGGGCCGCAAAUGGUCCCGGAAAACCUCACGUCUUUUUGUGGCCUGCUGGAUUUGUGGCAUUACCCAUGAUCUACUGACUCCAGGCUAGACUUUUUUGCCUGCCCUACCCCAGACUCCCUGGAAUUGAAAAGGGAGGGAGUCAUAGUAGCAAGAGAUGGAAAGGGAAUUCAUUUAAUCAAUUUGUCCCCUAUAAUCGUAGAAACUUUAUUUUGCAGCCUCCUACCCAGGGGUGUUGUGAGACUGAAAUGAGAGAGUGGAUGUAAAGCACUUUGUAAAUCUCAAAGAGCUAUUUCAAUGCCAGUCAUUGUAAUUAUUAGCCUAUAGUCAUCAGGCCUCCAAUCUGGGAAUGAUUUCAGCCCCUGACCCUUCUACCGCAUUCCUGCCGUAGAGCAAUAUAGAAGUAUGCUGGUAAAUGUUUGGGCUUGGGGGGGGCGGGGGGGGAAUGGAUGCAAACACUUUAAAAUUUAAUCUACAUUAUUAAUACUUUCUUAAGCCCAGACAACCAAUAAAACAAUCAAUCAACCCAGGAUUUGUAUAGAUUAUUUCUGAGGUGUUGAUACGAUGAAAAUUUAAUAAUUUUGUCUCCUUGACAAGUGGUCAUUCCAGUCUCUACUUAAACACUUCCAGUGACAGGGCACUCACUACCUUACGAAGUGACCAAUUCCAUGAUUGGACAAUUGUUAGCUGUUUAAAAAGUUUUUCCUUAGGUUGACCUGAAAUAUACCUCCCUAUAAUUUCCACCUACUGGUCCUAGUGCUGCCUUCUGAAGCUACACAGAAUAAAUAAGUUGAAUCAUUCUUCCACUCAACCGCCUGUCAGAUAUCUGAAAAUAGCAAUCCUGCUUCCCCUUCCCCUUCAACAUUUCCUCAUUUGACAGGGUUUCCAGACCCCUCCUUAUGCCAGUCACCCUUCUUGUGUCACUGCCAAAUUUGUCAAUGUUCCUAUAAAUAGAAUAGCAAUGAAAUCCCUGAUGGCUGCUGGCCUGAGACCCCAGGACCCAGGUCAAUCAGUCAAACACUGGGACAACUCAAUCGAUGAGGGAUACUUUGGUCUCAAGUUGCUUAUAAGCCCCAGAUCACUCACUUCUCCUGGCUUGGAAAAUCCUCUCUCUUCCCUCUGUUAUCCAUCUUUAAAACUGGAUCGUUUGGAAGCAUUAUAAAUACAUUCUACAUAUGCUAUGAGAUGUUUCCAUUUAAAGUGCCCCAGGCAGAAGAGAUCUAUGGCAAAGCUUCUUCCCCUUCCCACCCCUUCCAUCUGGCUCUAACAAGGAAUCUGUUCCUUCCAUACAAAUCUAAAUUUCAGGUUUCCUGUUUGGGCUGGUGCAUGCUGAUGGCUCAUCUCAGACUACCUGCUGCAGGCUGGGGCCUGUAGAAGAGAACAGGAGCAUCUGUAUUCUGGUCCUUUGUCCCUAACCUCCAAUCUCUCCUGCUCAGAGACUCCUUGGAGGAUCCUGGGAAGGAGGUGGCCUGGACAGAACAGAGGCCUUGUGGCAGCUGUUCUAUGACAGGUGGUGACCUUCAAGAAUUUGAAUCCUCUGACUUGUCAAAUAUAUUUAAGAGAUCCAGUGACUCCUACAUAGUGGCAUUGCUCAUGGCAGUGGUCACCAGCCCUGGAGUCAGGCUUUUAUCCCCAUUGUAUCAUUAACAACCUUGUGACUGAACUAAAAAAUCUCCAAAGUCCGUUCCAGCUCCAAUCAUCUCUAUUCUAAGGUCCCUUUGGGCUCCUGUAUAUUCCCGGAUCCCUUUUAUCUCAGACAUUCUAUAUCACUUAACCUCUCUGGGCCUCAAUUUCUUCAUCUAUAAAAUGUGGAGAUUGGAUUCCAUGAGGUGUAAGCUUCUCUCCUAGCUCUAGAUCCAUGAUCUCAUGUCGGCUUUGACAUCUUGUGACCUUUCUAAGGUUCUUUCCAACUCAGUCUAUAUUUUAAAGUUCCUUACAGCUCCAACAUUCAGGGUUCUAAGGUCCCUUCCAGUUUUGACAUUCUGUGAUUCAAAGUCACUAACAACCCUUCUAAAAUACACUGAUUCCAUAGUAUCUCCAAUGAGAUUGUGACAGGUAGGUGAGAGGAGGGAGGGGAGAGGAAGGGCUUGAUUCAUGACUGCAUCGAAGGAAAAUUCUUCAUCUUCACCUCCUUUGGAGUGAAUCCCACAGAUGCUUAAGCUUUUAAACCUCCUUUGGGCAAAGACUGAGAGUAAAGUUGGGGGUGGGGUGCUGAACUGUGUAUGAUAGGGAUGGGCAAACAAGAGGGAGGCAAGAUUGACAGUUCCUCUAGAAAAGCCACACUCCCUAUUCAGGGAGAAAACCCAGGAAGGAGGGAGUAGGACUGAAUUGGGCUCAGCAACAGCUGUAGAAGAGGUGUGUGCUUGUAUGCUUGGAUGGGUACACAAAUAAACAUUCAUCUCUAUGAUCAGGUCUGAUUGACAGAAAGUAGUGGGGGUAGGAUUGGACUGUUUCAUGGGAAGAGAACAGUCAUAAUUAUAGUAUUUUAAAGCCAAAGGGGACUUUGGUGACCAUCAAGUCCAGUCUCUCCAUUUUACGGAUGGGGAAACCAAGGCAUACAAUAUAACUUGCCCAAAGUCACACAGAAAGUCAGUGACAGAUUCAGUCCUAUAAUUGUGGUCUCCUGAUUCUAGUCAAUGGUAUUUUCCACUGCACUGUGCUGUUCAACUCCUCUCAGAAGUAAAAGAAACGUGGCUAUGGGCCUAACCUCUCAUAUUGCUUAAAGGGGAAAAUUCAAAUGUUGGUUAGCUUGAGAAGCAAGAGGUCAGGAGUCACCAAAGGAUUCCAUCCCAGGAUCAAAAAACUUCAAUCUUCCAAUCCUGAACUUUCACGGAAAAUCAAACAGCUAGUGGGGGCUUCCUGAGGUGACUAGGCCCUUUGCUUCUAAGCUGGUGAGUGCCUAACACCAUGAUUCUCAUUGGUAAUUCUGGUGUUGGAUGUCUCCCCACCCCAACCCCUGAAAAUAAAAAUAUAAAAAACAAAACACCCAAACUAUUCCCUGGCCCUAUCAAAUUUCUUUAAGAAAUGAUUGCAAAAUUUUCCCACCCCCCCCCAAAAGGAGUACCUCCCCUCAACUCCCAGACAAAAUUACUCCAAAUUCGUUUUUGAAAAUGAAAUUGUCUUAAAAAUAAACACAGGUUCCAUGAUACUUUUUGGCUAUGGAAAGAAAAGUAUCACAAAAAUCAGAUGGAAGAGCAAUCAUAAGGUGGCUGUAAUCUAAACUUGAUGGGAACUACUGACCUUCAUGAGCCAAAGUGGAUGGCUAGGAAUCCUAUUUUCAAAUACGUACCAGGUAUAGAGACUCCACUGUCUUCUUCAGUCUCCUGAUACAGCAUUUGGUCACUCUGGCAGUUAAAAUGUUCACACGCAUCACAGACCAUCAAAGAAAUCAGAACACAGAAUAUCAAAACUGGAAGGGACUUUAGAAUAUAGAAUAUCAGAGA